UGGGUCGUUUCCUGUGGCCGUCGGAUCGCCACCGGUACGUUCGUUUCGUGCGUUUUACAUUUUGCAUUAACAUAAAAUAAUUAUUUUCAGAGAUUAUCGGCGAGAUUGGACUACCUGUCACGUCAAUAAAAUACACUUCCGUUAGACCCCAAUUGACGGAGCCUGCGAAACUUUUAUAGAAUUUCUUCAGUUCUUAUACAGUGUGUCACACAGAAAAAAAAUCUCUUAUAUUCGUUUUACUACAGAAAAUCGUUCUGUAUAAAAAGUUCCACUUGUUGACAGAAUGAAUUCACGAUAAAAACAAACGCAAAAUUCGGAAAAUAUGAAAAUGCUUCAAGAGAGAAGUUGCAUUAUUUAUUUUUGACAAUUUUUUUUGAGAAAAAUGUUUAUAAACUAGUAACAGACUUACUACAAAUUUGACAAUAAAAAUUGAAACAUUUUAAAGUAAACUGUUAAUAGUUAUUGUUUUUAGUUAAUUAUGGAUUUUACGCUUUAAUGGCAAUCGCGUUUCGAAAAUUUUGUACAAUGUUACGGUAAUGGAAAAGUGCCUUUUUGGUAGAUAUUAAACACGAAAUAACACGCAUAUUGUUAUUAUAAUACGAUUUAUUAAAAUAACAAAGUGAAAUAAAAAAAAUUAUCGGCAGUGUUUUGAUUUAUAAGCUUUGAUCAUUGAACAGAACUGUUCUCAUUUAGUACCGGCAAACGCUCAAAUCAAGUUUUUUGAGAAUUUGCUAAGUUGUUUUUUUAGGAACGAGUUUUCUUUCUCGAUCAAGUCCAUUUACAAAUGUAUUGGAGCAUUUUGUACAGGGUGGUCUACUUAAGAUGCUCAUAUACCUUAUCUCAAAGACGGAGCUUAGCUCUAGGCUUCGGUUACGAAGGGGGAGGGGAGAUACGAGCGAAGAUGACGAAGGACUUCCAAGGAGUCCACUCUGCGGAUCUCCAGCCGCAGCCACCGACUCCUACCUUAUCCUCGAAAAGACUGCUAACAAAGAUCUCCCGACCAAAUCGCAUAGUACCUGUAGUGAUGGAUCCUUACUUAGUAUGGACAGCUCGGAAAUGGACGAGGAUUCACUUGGUUUGCAGUCGAGGCACUCAUCUAAAGUAUCACUGCAUGAAAAAAGGACAGAUCCAGACUCUGAAUUAGAACUAGGACCUAGUUUUUCUACAACGCCGCUAAACCAUAGUGCGGCGCACCAUCGAAUUUCCGUGAGGCCAAAGAGAACGUACGGAGCGCCUAGACGAAAAAAAGGCCCACCCCUUUCUUCGGCGCUACCAGCGACGCCGGAAGUCAAUGAAGAAUCUUCUACGCGGAGUAUAUCGCCCGAGGGUGUUUCUAGAGACCAAAUAACCGAGCUUUAUAGUACCGCCGGCACUACCAACAGCGCCCUCACCGCCAGUAACAGCGGCCUAACCGAAAUUAAAUUAAAAUCUUCCUCUUUACCAGCCGGUGUUAUGUUGUCCAGUUCGGAAUCGUUCCGUCUGAAACGGAAUAAGAUUAAUUCGGGUAGAAGUCAAGACGACGCGUCUUUGUAUGAAGAGGAGCGGGAGGAAAAACUGUCGCUAUUCGAACGUAUAUUUCCUAGGAGGAGCGGCAAGAAGAAGAGAAAAGACGAAAAAAUUAAGGAAGAUGCCGCUAAGAAUGAGGAAAAGACUGUUCAAAUUAUACCAGUACCGUCGGUUAUUUCAAAAACCUACAAGGAGGCGUCGUCCUGUUCGGUGACGACCUCGUACAGUCACACGAAACGAGACGAGACGAAACCGGUACCGGCCCCGCGGAUGGGCGCCGCUGCCCGACAAAGGAUCCAACCCAUCGACAUACCGGAAACCCCGAAGGACCCGCCACUGUCGCCGGACCGAUCGUUCGGCACGUCGCCCAUCCAGGCGGAACUGGAGAACAUCUUCAGGCAGAGGCAACUGUCCCACGCCACCCUCAAUACUCCGCCCCAGUCCCCCAAAAGUCCCCGAUUUUCCUCUGUGAUAUCCAAAUCCGAAUUUACUUCGUUAUCGACCGCCAGGUCGAGCCACACGGAAACCAAACGCGAGAUGAUGCCAAGAACAACGACCGAAGACAUCAGGAAGAAGAUAAAGAUAGCGAAGUUGUCGCCGUUGCAGCAAAGGGUGAUUGAUUUAAACCGGGACGACGGCUUCAAGUCGCUGACCGAGUUGUCUUCGAAGCCGGGAAAACCCCUGGCCAAAUCGCGCAGCUUCAAAUCGUCGGAAGAUGGCGCGGAGAGCGACGCAACAAAGUUGGUGACGAAAGCCGCGUCGCUGGACAGCGUGAAACACUUGGACGACGAUUUCGCGUCGGAACCACCGAUAAACGUCGAAGAGGAGGAGCACGCGAUAGACGUGGUCGAGAUUCGACAAGAGACCAUCGAGACUGACGUUAAGGUGGCCGAGGCUAGAAGUAAAGUUUUCGAGCAGGACGUAGAAAUGAAAAACGCUGUCACCAUUUCCGGCCCGAGUCACACGGCCAUAGUGAACGUCAAGAGUGCCGACGAUGACGUCGUGGAAACCGAAAACGCGACGAAAAUCGUGCAGACCGUGACGAAGAUCCACCUGACUCACGCUGUGGUGCCUGAGUUUUUGAGCAAGCAACUGAACAAAGUAGAAGUGUGGCCUUCGAGCAACAUAAUCUUCUCGAUGAAGUCGCCGAAAGCGCCGGAAGAACAAUCCAGGCCUAAGACGUUGUUUAAUUUCCAAGCGGACGACCCGGACAUCAAGAAACCGCCGUGGUCGUUGGGCAGGAGCGUCAGCAAAGAGGAGGAGACGGUCAAAAAGAUCGACGCGAGAGCUUAUUCGAGAAAGUCGUCGUCUGUGUCGAUUAUGGCGGAUUCGCCGGUCACAGAAAAACCCCUCGACAAAAGUCGAUCCGCGAGUUUGGAUUCGUUAAAGAGCAACUCGAGCGGGAUCACGGAGAAAACUUCGCCGGACGGGUUACAUAAGAAGAAGGGUGCGAACGACGGCGUGGUGUUGAGGCGAAAAUCCCUCCAACGACAGAAGAACGAAGACGAGCCCGAACUGAUGAAGGUUUUCGCGAGGAGAUCGUUGAAGCUGAAAGAUACCGAAAUCGACCAGCUGCAGGAGGCGAUCGUCGACCAGAAGCAGAGGGAUUCAGACAAAGAAAAUAACGGUAGCGUCGAUCUGCCCUCCGGCGACGAGAAAAUUAUAGAGGACGCGUCGAAGCAGCCCCUGGCGGUUAAAAAUGAAGAGGCAGAGGUUCAACUGAGGAAGAGUUUAAGUAAUAAUAUAUUUCUGGCUCAGAGGGCUGUGAGUUUGAACCCGCCCAAGGUGACGACCGCCGAGUACGUCAUCAAGAAGCAGGCGUCGUUGAACGACAAACGAAGAACGGACCAUUGGGUCAACGGUAGAAAGGAAGACUCGAAGAAAACGAGUGACGUAUUCGGCAACGAAGACGACGAGGAAGUCGAAGCUAAAACGGCGAACAACUUUAGUCAAAGGAAAGCGGAAUGGGAGCAACGGGUGCGACAGGCGAACAAGUAGGUGGUCAAAACGAGUCAACAAUUUUUUUGUGAUAAACCGCUAAAAACACGUUAUUUUUGUCAUUGGAAUACUGAGCGGGUGUUUGUUUUUGUACAUAGAUUGCUUAUGUGGAAAAUUUUAAUCAAAUAUGUUAAAUAUCGGGUACCUACCUAUUCUUGCGCGGAAAUCCUAUGCCAAUAAUUAAUUCAUAUUAGUAGUAGGCUACUUGCAUCAAACGCGUUGGACGUGGGGCCGUAACCAGUUUAAAACGUAUUACCUAUAAGUUACAUAAAGCGGUAAUAAGAACAAAGCAACCUGUUCCCCGUAAUUGCUGCCUUCAUUUACACAAUUCCAUCAAAAAAGAUCUACCAACCGGUCCUUAAAAAAACCUCUUUCACUCAUAAUCGAAAUUGUUACUGAAACUGCUAGAAAUAAUAAAAAAAAACUUGGAACACGCAAUGUCAACAAUACCAUAGAAUCCAUAGAGAAAAGAGAUAGGUUAGCUUAACGAUUCACACCGGUUGACAUUUGCAUCGUAACGUCAUGUCAAUUACGAAGUCGACUUUGGGGAUGUUUUGCCUGAAACGUAAAAUUCAUGCAAUGGGCCUAUUACAAAUUUGUACUUAUGAGAUAUUAUAUAAGUUCCGACGCAAACGUGUAUGUAAAUAUUAUACGUAUCUGUAGGAUCACGUGAUCACCACUUUCUUUUAAUUUUUAACAUUUGAUGGAGACGUACCAGUAGAAGGAUUUGCCUACAAUUUUAAACCAGUUUUGGGUUCUGGCGCUUGGUUAACCACUGUUAAGAAUUUUUGUUUACUGAUAUUUUAAAUAUUAUGUAUAAAUUAAAAUCAAACUGUUUACCGUUGAUCAAGCAAUCCCUACUAAAAAAAAAUAGAAAUAUUUAUUGAAAUUUUACUUAUUUUAUUUUUUCUUAUACUUUUGCCUGAAAUUAGCUACAAUGUGAAUGUAAUUAUAUUAAUUUUUAUAUUGUAUUGUUUGUAUGCGUCACCAUUGUGGCUUGGGCCAGUUAAAUUGUCCGUUCAAGAAACCGAUGACGAACCUUUGAUAAUUAAAUUUGUCUCUCGAGAGAAAACAAAUAACCUUGCCUUCCACAUAAACUAAUGAUUGGUUCAAGUUCCGUUGUAGUCUUCCGUAACAUUUUAAAAUAUGUUAAUUUUUCGUAGUCGCAACUGCUUUGUAACGAUUUUACGUUAAUGUAGAUAGUUAAGUGCCUUUUUAACAGUCUAAAUACUUCGAGCGGUAUUAAGAGAAUGUGAUUAAAGAUUCAUUGCGAAGCAAUGAUGUUGAGAGACCCCUUGCCUUUUCGAGAGAUAUUGGUGCUUGAUUGGAAAAAUAUUAUAUGUAUUACUGAAUGUAGUAAAUAAGAGAUUUAAAU